AUCAAUUUGAGAGUGCUGGUGGAAGUCCGUAGCCACAAGUUUGGAAACGACCACCUGGACCCCGACCUAAUUGGACGCACGAGCCACGUAUUUGGUGGGGCCAGCAUAACAGCCAGCUGCUUAGUAUGGCUUUCGAGAGGCGUACAAAGGAGACAACGAGCUUCGAUCAACCCAACUUCGGCGCCUUUUUGUAACGACCGUCCAGCUCUUUUCGCCAGCUACCUUUCCUCAGUGCUGGUAAUUUCUCCUCGGCUGGCCCGUCGCGGGCGAUUGUGAUCUGUCAACAUGAGUUCUCUGAAGCAAUUCAUCCGCAAUGUGCGUGCGGCCAAGACCAUCGCCGACGAGCGCGCCGUCAUUCAGAAGGAAAGCGCGUCGAUACGAGCAAGCUUCAGAGAAGAGAGCGGAGACCACAAUGUCAGACGUAACAAUGUGGCCAAGCUGUUGUACCUCUUUACCCUCGGUGAGAGAACACACUUCGGCCAAAUAGAAUGCCUCAAGCUUCUGGCGUCGCCACGCUUCGCAGACAAGCGUUUGGGACACCUGGCCACUAGCCUGCUGCUCGACGAGAAUCAGGAGGUCUUGACAUUAGUCACCAACUCACUGCAGAAUGACCUUGCCCAUAGUAACCAAUAUGUCGUCGGUCUGGCGCUCUGUACCCUUGGCAACAUUGCUUCCAUUGAGAUGUCCCGAGAUCUCUUCUCGGACAUCGAGAAGAUAAUAUCGACGAGCAACCCCUACAUUAAACGAAAAGGCGCCCUGUGCGCCAUGAGGAUAUGUCGAAAGGUGCCCGAUCUGACGGAACAUUUCGUUGAAAAGGCGGCUGCAUUGCUCACCGACAGGAACCACGGUGUUUUGUUGUGCGGUCUCACACUCGUCACCAGCAUGUGUGAAGCAGAUGAGGAAGAGGGCGGCGAAGAGGGCAUUGUUGACAAGUACAAGCAGUUCGUGCCGGUGCUGGUGCGAACGCUGAAGGGGCUUGCCACAUCUGGGUAUGCCCCCGAACACGAUGUUACCGGCAUUACCGAUCCCUUCCUGCAAGUCAAGAUUCUGCGGCUGCUUCGAGUACUUGUCCGUGGCGACCCCGAGGGUACCGAGCAGAUCAAUGAUAUCUUGGCCCAGGUUGCGACAAAUACCGACUCGUCCAAGAAUGUUGGCAACUCUAUUCUCUACGAGGCUGUACUCACUAUUCUGGACAUAGAGGCUGAUUCGGGACUCCGAGUGCUGGGUGUCAACAUCCUUGGAAAGUUCCUCACAAACCGCGACAAUAAUAUUCGAUAUGUUGCAUUGAAUACGCUCAUCAAGGUGGUUGCUAUCGAACCCAAUGCCGUCCAAAGACACCGAAACACCAUCCUCGAGUGUUUGAGAGAUCCCGAUAUCAGCAUUCGACGGAGAGCGCUGGACUUGAGUUUCACGCUCAUCAACGAAAGCAAUGUCCGUGUUCUGAUCCGGGAGCUCUUGGCAUUCUUGGAGGUUGCAGACAACGAAUUCAAGCCUACCAUGACUAGUCAGAUCGGCAUCGCUGCGGAUAGAUAUUCCCCUAACAAGAGGUGGCACAUUGAUACCAUGCUGAGAGUCUUGACUCUGGCUGGAAACUAUGUCAAGGAACCUAUCAUGUCCUCCUUCAUUCGACUUGUUGCUACUACACCCGAGCUGCAGACUUAUGCGGUUCAGAAACUAUACGCUAACCUGAAGAAGGAUAUCACACAAGAAAGCUUAACCCAAGCCGGAGCUUGGUGUAUCGGCGAAUAUGGAGAUUCGUUGAUACGCGGGGGUCAGUAUGAAGAAGAGGAACUUGUCACGGAGGUCAAAGAACAUGAGGUUAUCGAUUUGUUUUCCACCAUCCUCAAUAGCAGUUACGCCACGCAAGUAUCAACCGAGUACAUCGUUACAGCAUUGAUUAAACUCAGCACACGGCUAUCCGACGCGUCUCAGGUUGAACGAAUUAGGCGGCUCAUUCAGCUACACCAGACUAGCUUGGACGUCGAGGUGCAACAGAGGUCCGUAGAGUAUGGCAAUCUCUUCUCGUACGAUGAGAUACGCCGCGGUGUUUUGGAGAAGAUGCCACCGCCACAAAUCAAGGAGUCGUCCCGAGUGCUAGGCGAAGCUAGCCUGAAGACCAAGAGGGCGGCAAACCGGAAAUCCAAACUUGUCGCGAAACCGACCACGGAUCAAGAUCUGCUGGAUCUUAUGGGAGACACCAGCUCGCCGUCUUUGACGUCAACGACAAACGGCGGACAGAGCAACACGGAUCUCCUCGCAGACAUCUUGGGUGGCACCUCAUCAGGCCCAACUUCUGGUUCGCCCGCGCCGCAACAAUCUAAUGUUUCUUCUAUUAUGGAUCUCUUUGGCGGCGGCCCAUCUGGGUCUCCUGCCCCUGCCGCAGCACCCGCCAGCUUCGGCUUGGAUGCCUUUGGUGGUAUGGGUACUCCACCUCAGCCUCAAGCUGCACCUCGAGCCCCUGCCGGUAUCCCUUGCUACGACACCAACGGCGUCAACGUGACGUUGCAACUCCAGCGGAACACAGAGGGUGCCGUCCAGGUUCUGAGCCGAUUCCGGAACAACUCGGGGGUUCAAGUAUCCAAUGCUGGUUUACAAGCUGCGGUGCCGAAGUCCCAAAAGCUGCAGCUGCUGAGUAUUUCGAACACGGAAAUUCCGCCGGGUGGUGAAGCAACGCAGAUGAUGAGGAUCAUAGGUAGCAAGGGACCUCUGAGAUUACGUUUGAGAAUCGGUUAUUCACAUCCUUCGGCAGGACAAGUUGUGGAUCAGGUGAACUGGACGGAACCAUCUUGAGUGCUAGCAUACGCGAAAUAAAAGGAGGCUCAGGUGUCCGAUAUCCCACUUUUGCAGCUAUUGUUUUGACUUGGAUGCGUGUGAGCGACUUGGUGAUUAGAAUUUAGAUGACGCACGAAAUGUUUAGUCUUCAAAAUAACGAAUGAACUAACAGUUGUCAAUGACGGACGAAAUAGUACUGGGCUGGCGAAAUAUGCAAUAUUACAGAUGGAAUUAUAUCAUGUGAAUUUGUCAGAUAGGGUCAGUAAUAACUUGGUCAGAAAGCUACUAUGCUAAGCGGUCUUUUUGCUCUAAUAUUAGCGGAUUUGAAGACACGGAAGGCGUACAGUAAACGGUAGACGAC